AUGCUUAUUGAAGUAGCAGAAAUUUUGCAAAAAGAGUUUGAUAAAACAGUUGAACAAAAAGAAAUCAAAAAUGAUCUGAGAAAACUAACAAGUAAACUUAAUAUUCAUAGCAGCUAUUUUAGAAAUCAUAAUAAUUACAAAGUAUUAAAAUCUGUCAAAAAUUACCUUUUUAAACAAGGCUAUUACAUUUUUGAAAGGAUAACACCAUUGCUUCGAUUUAGAGAUUAUCGAGGAACUGCUAAUGAAAUUGUAAAAUAUUUUAAUAAUUAUGCUUGUAUAAUUUAUAAAGGAAAUUUAACUAAACAAAGAUACCAACUAAGAAAUUUACUAUUACUAAAUUCAUCAAAGCAUCACAUGAAUACUUUACAAAAUUUGAAAAAAUUGC